AUGUCUGCCGUCGCUCGACUCUCUACCCCUAUCACCAAGAUGGCCACCCGCCGAGCCUUCUCCACGACCACUGCCUCUCUGAAGCCAGCUACCACCGAUGCAGCGGCAAGUAAUUCAUGGGCAUGGAAGAACCUCUCGCCCAAGACUCGACGCAAUGUUGCUUACGGACUUGGCGCAUGUGCCGUUGUUGACAGCUAUAUUGUUUACAAUUACUUUCCUGGCAUGUUGGGACUAAAGGAGGAGACAAAGAACUAG